AUGAGUUUACAGGAGCCAUUGAAGGGUACAACAAAGCGCAAGACCACUGCAGAGGAUGACGAGGAUAAUGAGAUUGUUAACGUUGAUUUCGAUUUCUUCAAUUUGGAGGAUAUAGACUACCACGCUAUAAAGCAUCUUUUAACGCAGCUAUUCCACUCAGAUGCUGAACACCUAGAGCUACACACCCUCACUGAUCUAAUUUUAUCUCAAAACAACGUCGGUAGCACUAUCAAGGUUGAUGGAAAGGAGUCCGAUCCUUACGCCUUCCUUACUGCUAUCAGUCUAUCGAAACACAAAGGAAACAGCGCCGUCGGGAAGCUUUCGAGCUACCUCGUCGGUAGAGCAAAAUCAGCUAACAAUGAUGCGCUGUGUAGCACUCUCAUGCAGCUUUUGAGCGACGAGAGUGGAAGCAACGUCGGUGUCUUAUUGGGAGAGAGACUUGUCAACAUGCCUGUCGUACUUAUUCCACAUAUGCUGAGAUUCUUACUUGAGGAAUUAGAAUUGGCUAGCCAGUCUGCACCAGAUGAUUUCAAAUUCACUCACUUUAUCAUUCCUACAAGAACAUACUUUGAAUCAGAUAACGAUAUUGAUAUGGACACAGGCGAACAAGGUCCAAUGAAGAAAAAACGCGGCGGAAACGAAUCCAAAUUGCAAACAUUCCAUCCAGAAGACGAAGUUACUCAGGAUUUCACAGAUCUAGUUGCAGACUACCAAUUCCAACACGUUGUAAACAGAGAGAGUGAUGAGUUUGGUGCUGAUGUACGCGGACGUGUUAUUCUCAUCGAAGCUCAAAAAUUCAAGAAUGUGGUGCUACCAAAGAUGAUUGAAGCGACAACGGUAUCAGCUGGAUUGUAA